ACCCCUCUUUACCCCUCCAGCUCCCCCGAAUCUAUACGUGGAAAAUCAUCUUGAACAGAAACAGAGCAUCUCUUGUGAGCACCGCCACGAGGGGCUUCAUACCACGUGACUGCGCUGUAAACCAUCUCAACACCGAACCUAGAGAUCACUUUCUUUUCCCUACAAGGAUGUGAGAAAUUCUGGAUUACUUUCCAGCUUGCGUGGAUCCGUAAUAUCUUCAUACGUUUUAACCUUAAUGUUUAAUCAGGGUCCAUUCAGAAAACUUUUUUGUUUGGGUUUUUUUUGUACCAGGGCAAUCGAGCAGUCGACGUGAUCACGCUGAACUUUCUUUUCACGCUUUCUCUUCACGCGUGUAGUUUCACAAGUUCCACUUGUGAGAGCACGUGGAGUUUGCAGUGUGCGGAGAGCGCGCGUGCGGCAGCGCAAUGAGUCAUGAAACGUCUCGCAGCGUCCAGAGCGUCUGAAUGGAGAAAGGUCAACUGUACGUCAUGUCCUGACAUGAGAUGAACCUGAAUAGCUACACAUACAGACUGUGGAGAGAUUUCCAAACAGAAACCUAUUCAAGAAUGAGGAAUAAAUAUGUUAUCCUCAUCAUCUGCAUUGUGGCCCUCGUCAUCAUUGAAAAGGAAAACAAUAUUAUCUCAAGGGUCUCUGAAAAGCUCACACACAAACAGACACAACAAACCCCUCUUUCAUUAUUCAAUGGCUCCAGUUUGGAUGACAGUGAGAUGAGUGUAAAUUCCACACAGCUUGUAGAUACAGACCAGGCUGGUCAUAAGCACAUUCUCUUAUUGGCCACCACUCGCACUGGAUCCUCCUUUGUAGGUGAGUUUUUUAACCAGCUGGGCACCAACAUGUUCUACCUGUUUGAGCCACUGUGGCAUGUAGAGCGGACACUUUCGCAGGACACAGGGAUCCCCAAUUCCAACAUCUCAUCCAUUGCAUAUCGAGAUGUGCUGCUAAGCCUAUUCUUGUGCAACUUCUCACUGCUGGAGAGCUUCAUCAACCCACCUCCUCUAGAGCAUGUCACUCCAGCUCUGUUCCGCCGUGAGUCCAGCAUGGCUCUGUGUGAGGAGCAGGUGUGCACGCCAGUGCAGAAGAAAGUUUUUGAGAGAUAUCGUUGCAGAACACGCCGCUGUGGCCCUCUCAACUUCACCUUGGCCUCACAGUCCUGUCUGAGAAAGAAGCACAGGGCUAUCAAGACGGUUAGAAUCCGGCAGCUGGAUUCGCUCCGUUUGCUAGUUGAAGAUCCUAGACUGGAUAUUAAGGUCAUUCAGCUGGUGAGAGACCCCCGUGCUGUCCUGGCCUCAAGAAUGGUAGCCUUCUCUAGCAAAUACCAGACUUGGAAAAGUUGGGCAGCAAAUGGAGAGGUACCCACUGAUGAUGAAGAAGUGAAAAGGCUUCAAGGAAAUUGCAAUCAAAUCCGUGAGUCCGCCGAGCUGGGCUUGAGCCAACCGGAUUGGCUGGAAAAUCGCUACAUGCUUGUGCGCUAUGAGGACAUUGCCAGAUACCCCAUGCAGAAAGCGGCUGAGAUGUACAGGUUUACCGGGAUCCCAUUCACUGCACAGGCAAGGGAAUGGAUCAUUAAGAACACACAUGCUGCAGAGGUUGCCAGUGGAGUGUACUCUACACAGAAGAACUCUUCAGAGCAGGUAGAAAAGUGGCGUUUCAGUAUACCCUUCAAAUUAGCCCAAGCUGUGCAAGAGGUCUGUGGGCCGACUAUGGAACUAUUUGGAUAUCGAUUUGUUGACAGUGAGGAGACACUAGUUAAUAGGUCUAUUAGUUUGCUUGAAGAAAAACAGUUUAAUGUAUCAUAUGUUACAGAUUAUAACUCAUAGUUUUCGUAGGAGAGUAGUGUUAUACAUUUUAAACAGAGCAGUGAAUGUAUUUCAGAUGCAUAUGUACCACACUGGAGCACAGAUGUUGCAUGCCUUCAGCGCUUACCUCAUGGUUUAGCUUUAAUCAAAGUGCAUUCAGUUUGGUUCGACUAAUUAAGAUAUUAAAUGAUUAAUUCUUUGUAUUUGCUGGUGUGGUUGAAAAGGAAUUUUAUUUGUAUAAGUAAAUUAGGUUGUUGUUUUUAGUCCUGGAGAUGCUUUUAGUCAAACAUCUUUACCCAAGUUGUUUUUGUAUCUUUCAUAGUUUCUUUUACAACUUCUUUUAAAAUGUGCGUUUACUGUUUGUGUUCUGAACACAAAAUGAAGUCAAAGCCAGAGAAAUUAGAUUUUUACACAAGACUAAUGGAUACUAGAUACAAUGUCAAAGGAGGAACUGUUAAACAGUUAAUAGGGUGAAAUUUUAACAAGGCUUCCCUUAAAGCAAUUGUUAUAAACUUGAUUUCUGGUUUCUGCUGCCAGACAGGUAAAGUACUGUUAACUUUUGGAUAAAAUGUGCUUGAUGGUAUGAUUGGGUAUACAGUAUGUACAAUGGGGAGAAUGGGAUUAUAAUGAAAGGGUUAAUAAAUAAUACAUAAAUUAAAUUAAAUAAUACUUGUAGGAGGUUCAUUUAAUAAUAUUAGAAGACAAUGAUCCAGGACGACUGGAGUUUUGAUGUAUGAAUAUAAUGCUGGCUCUUUCAAGUACAUUAAAGAGUAAAUUGUAAUACAAGUCAUACAACAUAUAAACCAAAACUCCACAUCUGACUGAAGAUCAUGACUUCGUACAAAUUGACAGUACUUGUGUAUUUAUGACUGUUGUUUACAAAUAAAUUGAAAUGAGUGUGAAUCAGCAUUGUGAAUUGUCCUUUGAGUCUAAAACAGUGGAUGAAUCAGC